AUGACAGAGUUGGAAGGUGUAGGAGUUAAAGUGGGUGAGGCGAAGAAACUCUCCAGUAAAGAGCUGAAAGAGCUGCGGAAGACGUUCCAGAUGUUUGACCGGAACGGGGACGGGCGAAUUUCCGCAUCGGAGCUGUCACAAGCCUUCCGGGUGCAGGGUCAGUGUAUACCGGAAGCGGAAAUACGUAGCAUCAUACGGGAGGUGGACGAUGAUGGAAACGGUCAGAUAGAUUUUGAGGAGUUUGUGAGUCUUAUGACGACAAAAUCACAAGAUGCCAGGUCGGCGACACGUGAUGAAUCCGAAUUACGAGAAGCUUUCAAAGUGUUUGAUCAAAACGGGGACGGCAAAAUAAGCUGCAAAGAACUGAAGGCCGUGCUAAACUCAAUCGGCGAGAAGAUGACAGAGCGUGAAUUCGCGGCGCUGAUCCGAGAAGCGGAUAUUGACGGAGACGGCUCUAUUAGUUUUGAUGAAUUCUCAAAAGUGAUCGCCAACAAGUUUGUAUAGACGCCAGGAUACACAGUUAAGAAAGAGAAAGAUUUGUUGCGGACAGUGUGGCAGAACAUCAAACAGAUCGUUGUUUACAACUAUGUGUUCACUAACUGCUUAUACUUUAAAAUGUAAUUAAUAUAUUGUCUUGAACGUACAGUCACUUUAUAAACAUUGUAUUCAGUUCAUCCUU